CUUGGAUCGGUGAAAGGUAAAAUAAGCCAAAGGAAGAGUCGAAUAUCAGCAUGUCCACUUCAGAGGACAUGUCACACACAUCUGAGUGGACGUAGCACCGGGUGGAUGUACAAACCCCACGGCCACGGGAGACUCCGAACAGCCCCAGCUCGUGUCAGCCGCUAAUCACCCUAAAUGAUGAAGAUGAUGAUGUGUGCACAGUGUUCCACGGCACCGGACUUGAUUUAAGUUUUGUUUUGCUUUAGAGUGACUGCCAUGAACGGAUUCCUUGACCGUUUUCACAAUUUCAUCUUAACGUUCGUGCGUGGAGUGGACGGUAUCUGCGCCUGUACCUGCGGAAGGAAUCAGGACUAUCAUGUCCUUCCAUACUAUGAGGCUCACACCAUGGUGAAUUCCAGAGACCACUACUACAUAACCAAACAAGAGUUAGACGUGUUGGUUGGUCUGCUGAUGGGUUUAUGCAUCAGUCACUUCCUAAUCUGGCUGCAUCAUGUUCAUUGGACAUCAUGGUUCACAUACUGGACACCAAGGCAGCUGCAGAAUUUGGGUUUCAGGUCAUGGAUCCAAGCAUUCGUUAACUUCAGGGAUUCCUUCAGACGCUCAUGUGCAACUAUAAGUCAAGCCAUGCAGACUACGAGGUCCGACAAAGUGCUGCCUGACCUUAAUGGUCAUAGAAACAUGGAAGAUAAAAAUGUGCAUCAAAAUCAUAAAAUACUCACUGGUCAUAAAGGAUAA